AUGCCCGUGGGUUUUCCAGGAAACACAAAUGCAGACAGCGUGGUACACUACAGACUCCAGCUGACCUUUGAAGUCAGAUUCCUGCGCUUCCUCCCCUUAACCUGGAACCCCAAAGGCAGGAUUGGGAUUCGGAUUGAAGUGUAUGGAUGUGCCUACAGUCAUGCUAGCUCGCCCUCGCCCGAUGCUCUCAUGCUGGGCAGUUUGCUGGAUGAUGAGCACUGGCAUUCUGUUCUCAUUGAGCUCCUCAAUACAGAUGUCAACUUCACUGUGGACACGUACACUCAUCAUUUUCAGGCGAAAGGAGAGUCCAACUAUGUGGAUCUCGAUUAUAAGAUCAGCUUCAGAGGGAUUCCUGGACAUGGAAAAUCAGUGGCAUUCCCACAUAAAAACUUUCAUGGCUGCUUUGAAAAUCUCUAUUAUAAUGGAGUGGAUAUCAUUGAUUUGUCCAAGAAACACAAGCCACAGGUCCUCAUCAUGGUAGAUGUGUCAAUGUUAUUUUUAAAGUUCCUGGCCGGGGUGUCAUUCUGA